AUGGCCACCAACGCAGUCCUUCCCUCGCGCGACGUCCAGACGACGCUCAACUACUACAGUUUCACCGGCAACGGCAAGCCCUACCGGUACGUCGGGGAACCUCCCGCGGGCGUUGAGCGGAAGAACUUCGAGACCGUCUCCCACCCGGCGACUAUCUACAACGCCCGCGGCCUCGAGGACGAGCUGACUCUCGACAAGGCCGGCUUUCAGUUCCUCAACUCGCCUAGCGUCGAGCGCGAGUUCGACGACGAAGAGCGCAUCAAAGCUCAAUACUACCCCGAAGUCGAGGAGCUGUUGAAGAGGGUCACGGGUGCGAAGCGCGUCCUCAUAUUUGACCAUACCAUCAGGCGCAAGCUUGCCGAGGGCACCCCGGAUGGGCCUGGGAACCGUGGGCCUGGGUUGAUGUCCACGCCGGGCCCGCCGAUGCGGAUCGCCUCCUCCAGUCGCGCGUGCCGCGUGCGCAUCAUCAACGUCUGGCGCCCGAUCCACCACCCCGUCGCGCACUUCCCGCUCGCGGUCUCGGACUGGCGCACGCUCGACACCAAGGACCUCAUCGCCGUCGACCUCGUCUACCCCACUCGCAGGGGCGAGACGUACGGCGUGCGCCACAACCCCGCGCAGAAGUGGUAUUACCUCGUGGACCAGACCCCUGACGAGGUCACCCUCAUCAAGUGCUACGACUCUCAAGAGAACCUGGCGCGUCUUACGCCCCACACCGCGUUCCAGGAUGGGACCAGCCCGAAGGACGCCCCCCACCGGGAGUCGAUCGAGAUCCGCGCGCUCGUCUUCGACGCGGAGUAG